UGCCAGGCAACAUACAGAAAUCACCUUUUAAUAGGUUGGGCAUACCUACGGUCAAACAUGUUUCAUCGAUGACGACCCCAGCAAUCAGAAUCCCUUUCACCGGCCCAUUGCCUCCGCCCAUCAUCGUCCCGCCGUCCGCGAGCUCAAUAUCCGGAGCAAUCGAUGCUUUCUUGGCCUUCCUAACGGCACCGCCGUCUCCCUAUCUGCGCGGGGUGGAUGUGGGGAGAUAUUCUCAAACUGCCAUCCUUACGGGAGCUGGAAUUUCGGUAGCCUCUGGGCUCUCCGACUAUCGAGGUGAGAAUGGCACCUACGUCACGAAUAAAGCCUAUCGGCCGAUCUAUUUCCACGAAUUCGCAGCCCGUCAUGAGGCCCGGAAGAGAUACUGGGCGCGGAGUUUUGUCGGGUGGCCGGGACUUUUGAAGGCGAAGCCGAACUCCACCCAUUGGGCGAUCAAAGACCUUGGUGCCAAAGGUUAUAUUAGCUCUGUGGUCACGCAGAAUGUUGACUCCUUCCAUUCUGUUGCGCACCCAGAGCUCUCUACUCUUGAGCUGCAUGGAUAUCUGAGAUCUGUGGUCUGUUUAAGCUGCCGCAAUCAAUUCCCCCGAGCUGAGUUCCAGAAGUCGCUGGAGAGGCUUAACCCGGCCUGGGCGGAAUUUUUGGAAAAGAUGGUGGACGCUGGUGCACUUGACACGGAUAAUCCAGAGGAACAGCGGCGCAAGGGAUUGAAACUCAACCCGGACGGUGAUGUCGAACUGCCAAAGGCCCCGUAUUCUACAUUCCGAUACCCUUCAUGUCCUACUUGUCUGGAGAAGCCCCCAGUGCUUGAAAAUGGGACCCCGGCCAGGGUAGAAGUUGAAAGUGAUGGUGCCUGGCUGCCCACCUCGAGCGCAGGGAUUUUAAAACCCGCGGUGAUCAUGUUCGGAGAGAAUAUUGAUCCAGCGGUGAAGGUCGCGGCCGAGGAGGCAAUCGAUGAUGCUGGACGAUUACUUAUCCUGGGAACCAGCCUUGCGACAUUCUCCGCGUGGAGACUGGUUGAAAGAGCAUACAAGAGAGGGAUGCCUAUUGGCAUAAUAAACCUUGGUGGUAUUAGGAAUGAGUCCGUCCUUGUGAAGGAGGCAGACCAAGACGGCGAUAUUGCAUCUCGAUAUGUGCGCUGUAGCCACCAUUCGGACGCCAUUCUGCCUUCGCUUAUCGAGCAGCUCCCUAAUCUUUCUCCCUAACUAACGACUUGGACGUUGUACAUACAUAGCUAGGUAGAUGUCUGUAAAAAGCACUCAGAAGUUUAGACGUGUGUCAAGAUAAAUCCGAGAAUCGCUACUACUAUUUAGAACAAUCGCAUUCUGAGGACAAUAAUUGGAAAUCGGACAGGCGCCGAGGAC